CGAUUAUGCCCCACAGAUGAACUUUACAGAUCACAAGUUCGCACAUCUUCCCAUUCUCUCUCUCCUCAUUUCCCUUCCUUUCAAAAUCCAAUUGAGCGGAGGAGCGGCCGAGCAAGCCAACCCGACGUCUCGUCGGUUUUUCCAGAAGAAACCCAAAACCGCCGGCGGAGCGACGACGGUGAAAGGAAGCAGACAGACGGUCAGUGAGUCACCGUGUUUUAGCGAGUGAUUGAGUAAGAGAAGCAACACAGAGCAGCAAUGGCGGAAGAGGAAUGCGAGCUGAGCGACGAGCAGAAGAAAGAGAUCGCCAAAUGGUUCCUCUAUAACGCACCUUCCGGCGAAAUCCAGUACAUUGCCAAAGAUUUGAGAUCGGUGUUGAACGACGACAAACUGUAUGAUGAAGCGACCUCGGAGGCGUUCCCUCUCUACAACAAAUCUCACUUGAUUUGCCUCGAACUUCCCUGCCGAAGCGGCGACGUGUUGAUUACGCCUUACAAUGAGCUCGAGGAGAAUCAGUUUAUCGAGCCUCGGACUGCACAGAUUGUCACUAUUGAUCAUGUCAAGCAAGCUUGUACAGAGGUGAGACCGGCAGCUGAUGAGGAACUCGCAUCACCUUAUGUUGAGGAAUUCCGUUGUGCACUGGACGCGGAAAUACUGAAAUAUGUAGAGGAAGCUUAUCCUAAAGGUGUCUGCUCAGUCUACUGUGUUGAUGGCAAGGAUGCCGAGGGGCCAGGAUGUAAUUUUGAGUUUGCCGUGGUCAUAGCAGCUGCAAGAAAUAGCCCUAAGAAUUUUUGCAAUGGAAGUUGGAGGUCAGUUUGGAACAUAAAGUUCAAAGAAGAUGCACUGGAAAUCAAAGGAAAAUUGCAGGUGGAUGCCCAUUAUUUUGAAGAGGGGAAUGUUCAGUUAGAUGCAGAACAAGAAUGCCAAGAUGGAACUAUCUUUCAGGCACCAGACGAUUGUGCAAUUUCGAUAGCCAACAUUAUUCGUCACCACGAGGCAGAGUACCUGAAAUCUCUCGAGACAUCAUACUCGAAUUUGUCAGACAAGACUUUCAAGGAUCUAAGGAGGAAGCUUCCUGUCACCAGGACUCUCUUCCCAUGGCACAACACCUUACAGUUCAGCCUGACAAGAGAUAUCCAGAAGGAACUUGGAAUUGGGAAGUGAACAACAUAUCAUUAUCAACAUCAUCAUCAUCAUCAUCAUCAUCAUCAUCAGAACAAGAGACAUGUAUACGUCGGCCUUUCGGGUACCAUGUGGACGAGAAGUAGUUAUUUUGAUCACCCCCUGCGACUUCAGAGAGAGCUGUGUUUAUCUUUGUGCCCCCAUUUGUCAUUGCAUAUUGUUUACUGUCUCUGUCACCUCUUCCCCUCAGUUUUGGUGUUGUACCAUCGCUUUUUACAGGCUUGUGUAUCAUGUAUAGUUUCAUGUCCCUUUUAUAUGUCCUGAGCAAACCUUAUGUUAGUUUCGCCCCCGAACGAUAUGUGUCACUGUAUUGCUCAAGUACAUUACUCUGUCAUUUUUGUAGUUUGUUUUUGUUUCCAUCCCUCUUUGAUCGUCGGUUUUGAACAGAUCAUAUUCAUGCAAUCUGAACUCUAGUAAUGUAGUGAAUUAUGGAAUCCAC